UCUAGACUCUAGAUGAUUGUUAAAACAAAUCCUUUGUUUACGCCUUCUACCCGUAUUCGAAUUCGUUGAUUGAUUUCGUGAUUUUGGUUUAGCAACCGUUGUGUUGUUUCCUGAAUACGCCAUCGCCAACCGUCGCGCGCCGCCACUGGCAGUAUACGCGUAUAAAUAUAGAGACUUUGUCGUCGCCAACCGAGUAGCAAAUAAUUGAAUCCUUUUCACCGGAACUAAUAUGCACACGAUACACGAUGCAUUUUUAUAGAGCAUAACAUGUAUGCUAUACCAUCAGAUGAUUACCUAUCGCACCGUUCUGCUGCUGCUGCUGCUCCGGAUGGCGAUUAUCUGCACACAGAUAACCAUUAACCAUAAUACCGUGCGAUAUUGGAUAAUAUACGAUCAGGUAUUCCUAGCGACUAAAGAGAUAUAAGAAACAAAAAAAAAAAGAAGGAUCCUCGAAAAUUUGAACUACCAGAAGACAGUGGAUGUGGCGAUAAUCAGCAGAUGGGUUUUGACCUGUAAUAAAUAAGUACAAAGAAUCAUAAAAUGGAGAACGACUCUGGUGAAACUGUUGACUUGUACUGCCCCAGGAAAUGCUCUGCAAGCAACAGAAUUAUCCAUGCCAAAGACCAUGCUUCGAUCCAGAUCAGCAUUGCUGAGGUUGAUUCAAAUGGAAGGUUAACAGACACAUCAAAAAUGUAUGCUUUGUGCGGAGCAAUCAGAAGAAUGGGUGAAUCAGAUGACUGCAUUGUAAGGCUAACUAAGAAAGAUGGUCUUUUAGCUAAGAACUUCUAAGGUAUAGCAAAAAUACAAAUCUAAUGUAUGUAUCAGCUGUUAUCUGCUUCAAUAAACUUUUAUAAAAUAACUCUGUUUUAUUAAAAUCUAUCAAAGUA